ACGCCGUUCGAUGCGGACACAUCUCACACCGAGUGGAGACACCGAGCGAAUCGGACGGCACAAAAGCUUACGGGCUCGUCUUCCCAUUUUUGGGGACGUGAUUUUCUACUGUGUCAGUGUGUUUGGUCCUGGUCACGAAGUGCACAGAAACAAUUCGCACUGGUUUUGUGGGGUAAGAAUCAGUGAAGUGUCGGUGUCUGUGUGUACGAUAUGGUGCGAAAGUGUGACUCGCAGUGAUUGUGAUAAUUCCAGCACAUCAGCAAAAUCUCACACGCUCCCCAACCCCGAAAAGGUACAGCUACGCAGACAAAAAAAAACCUUCCACAAGAAAAGCAACUUUUGCUCAUUAUUAAAGAAAAGCUCGUUGGAAGCGACGGCUCCAAUAUUUUUAUUGUUGGAGAACGUUUGCCGCGCACGAACAUAAACAACCAUGGAGCCGAACAACAAGGUACAUCUGGAGAAGGCACAAAACUUCAUGCGCCAGUACCGGGAUCCGGAGUCGCGCGAACUGAAGAAGCUGUCCGCCAACCAGUUCAUGGACGUCUGGAGUCAUUACGAUCGCGAUGGAAACGGUUACAUCGAAGGUUCGGAACUGGACGGUUUUCUCAAGGAGUUUGUCUCCAGCGCCAACGCUACCGACAUUAGCCCGGAGUCACUUACCGAUGAGAUGCUGGUCGAGCUGAAGUCAUGCUUUAUGGAGGCGUACGAUGAUAAUCAGGAUGGAAAAAUUGACAUCAGAGAGCUCGCCCAGCUGCUCCCGAUGGAGGAGAACUUUUUGCUGCUCUUUCGGUUCGAUAAUCCGCUCGAAUCGAGCGUCGAAUUUAUGAAGAUCUGGCGAGAGUAUGACUCCGACAACAGUGGCUACAUCGAGGCGGAUGAACUGAAGAACUUCCUGCGGGAUCUCUUGAAGGAGGCGAAAAAGAUAAACGACGUGUCGGAGGACAAAUUGAUUGAGUAUACCGAUACAAUGCUACGAGUGUUUGAUGCAAACAAAGAUGGAAGACUGCAGCUGUCGGAGAUGGCAAAACUGCUUCCAGUGAAAGAAAACUUCCUGUGCCGGCAGGUGUUUAAGGAAGGGAAAAUAGACGAAGAAGGCGCCGCCAAGCUAACGAAAGAAGACAUCGAAAAAGUGUUUUCACUCUACGACCGUGACAAUAAUGGUUCAAUUGAGAAUGAAGAGUUAAGAGGUUUCUUGAAGGAUCUGCUCGAGCUAGUAAAGAAGGAUUACGAUGCGCAGGAUUUGAUCGAGUUCGAGGAAACAAUUCUGCGUGGCGUCGGGUACGAUAAGGAUGGUAAAAUUUCCCGCAAAGAGCUGACAAUGAUUCUGCUGGCGCUCGCUAAACUGCCCCCGGAGGACGACCAGUAAUUAAUGGCGUCGGCGGUCUGCAUCGAGACUACUAGUAGCAGCCAGCCCUGUAGUAGUAGUGGUAGCAGCAGCCAGGACCCGAUCACCAAGGACCUCUUUCCGCCCAUUGCCAGCGUGCAGGACGGCAUCAGGGAUUUGUAUCGUAAGUUUCGGCGAAAGAUUCACAAGAAAGACUAGCAGCACUAGCCGCAGCAGCAGCACGCGCAAUGAAAAACAGGGCAGCUAUGCUUUCUUAGUGGUUUUAGUGCUUUCAAAGGUUCAACGAAACGAUACCAAUACCCGGCAUGUUUGUGAUGCGCGCUACGCAUGGUAGAUGGGAAUCGAAAGCCCUCCUAGUGACAGUAUAGAAAUUGAACACCAUCAAAACACACCAACAAAAAAAAGAAACACUAAUGCAAAUACACGGGUGCUGGCCGUGAAGUUUUGUAAUGGAAACACAACACGAAAAAACACACCCACACCUUAUAAUGCCGUUGACACGAAGGUACGCGUACAAUUAGAAAGUACAACACAAUAACAAUAAUAAAAGAAAACAAAAGGAACUCAAGUAACAAUUCAAAACCCGUCGAACGACCACCAACAUGAAACCGACCCGUUAACGAACUCCGUCUGGCAAAAAGUCUGCGAUCGGAACAAGCGUUAUGAAUCUCGUUAUUACAAGCGUUACAGACGUUACACUAAAACACACGCGCAUACACUUUCCAAAAAAGGCAUAUCUGCUAUUUAAGCGAAACACACUAAAUCUCUAAUCGAACUAUAUUCACCAAAUACGCUAAAUACGCUAUACUAUCGCCCCCUCCCUUUGAUGGAACAAUGUGUUGUGUGCUUCUACUCGAGCGAGUUUAAGCCGGAUUCAUGUGAAUGAGUGUUGAGUAACUUUCUCCAUUUUUUUUGUUGUUGUUCGCUUCUUUCCCUACUUAACUAUGAAACUUUAACAUCGAGAAACUGCUCAAAAAGGAAAACUGCUAUUACACGAACAAAUUUAAACCAACCCGUCAAUAUUCGCCAUAUACGUACUAGUACAAUGAAACACGACAAACUGACUCAGGCAACGCGCCAACAGUGGAAUGGCGGUUAGAAGCUAAGAGCUUUCAUCCUACACACUACGUACGUAAAUUUUGAGUGAUACUGGACCGUUAUGGCCUAAGGGACACAAAAGGUGGAGAAGGUUUUUGGUCAAAAAAAAGGUUAAGCAAGGGCGAGUUAAAUUAUACUAUUUGCUAAGUAGCUUCAUUUCGUUCCGAUUCGAUUCGGUGUUGAAUAGCUGGAGGAACGCCAUUUAUCCGGGUGUCGGUUUAUCCGGGUGCUGCUCGAAAAUAUCAAAUACAAAAUGAAAUGUAAUCGCAUACUAUUUUUAAAAACAAAAUAAAUUCGAUUCGCCAUACGUUGUUUACUACAGAAGAAGCUUGAUUAUCCGGACAUCUGUCAAACGCCGGUUAAUCGAUUACCAACGGAUAACCGAUCCUUUUGUAGCUUUGAAAACGUAAACUCUCUUCGAUCGAGUUUAACAAAUUUUCUUCUUUUGAUAAAAAAAUAUUUUACAAAAGAUUUCUUUAGGAAAAAGUUUAAAUAUAACCUUUUUCUAUUAAUAAAAAUUCAGAUGUCACGGAUAAUCCGUCAGACGAGUAUGACAGGACCCGCCCGAAUAAUCGAAGCUCUACUUUAUUUUGAUUUAAGGAAAGGGUUCCUUUUAUCCAUAAUUUCCGCUUACUCGGGGCCCGGGUUGAAUAACAAGAUAAGCACGGAUAAAUGGCGUUCCACAGUUUAUAUAAAACUCACUGGAAUAAUCAUUAAAAACCUACCCCCCGUAACCGUUUGCUUGCGAUACAUUGCUUAACGAAUCGUUGUAAAUUCGUAAAUGGAAAAAUGUUGCAGUGCCAAAUGUGGUGUUGUCCCUCCGAUCCAUACCAAACACCCCGGGAUAAGUGUUUAACAAAACAAAAACUGAAAUCAGAAAAGCAAACAAUGCGCUUUUUGAAGCCAUCUCUAGCCGGAGUGGAUAUGUUAACAUUUGUUAGUCCGUUAAUCGUUACAACCUUAUGCUGUGAACAGUGUGGUGAAAUAGUAUUUUACAACAAAGCUUUCCGGUUUUUUUCCUCUUCGCUUCGCACUGUGUAUGUUGGCCAUUUGUUGAUGUUUUUUGACGUAGGAAAAAGGAACAUACCCAUGCCUUCCAUUCGAUGUGUUAAAGUGCCCCUAAAGUGCUGUAUGUUUGGGCUUGUUUUGUUUGUUUGUUUGUUUCCUUUUAUUAUUAUAAUCUAAUUGUUAGAGAACGAUAAUGAUGUUAUCUAUGUAAAGCUGUUGCUUGUUGCCCAUUUGAUGUGGAGAAAUGUUUAAUUCCCAUAACUAUACUAACUGGCAAUGGAUGUGUGCACGUGAUGUGUGACGUGAAUAGGAAGUACCUGCGGGACUUCUCGGAUGUUGGGAAAAGUUUUUAACAAAACCUAAUAAAUACUACAACUUUCUCUAUCUAUCUAAAUGUUUCCUAAUCCAAAAAAACCAAAUCUUAAUCGAAAUGCGAACACUCUUUGAGCAAACUUAAAUGCUACUUAUCAUGCCCCACAGGGUUGGCAUCAUUGUUACCGAUUGAACGUUUAAACAUUAAUAUGAAGAUUUAUCCUAAAACAGACAAAGAACAAAAAAACAUAUAAAAUCGCUCCUCCUCAUUAAUUGCCUUUGAGUUUUCUCCAUAAUACUAUUUUUUAAAAGAAUAGUCCCUAAAACAAGAAGCUCCAGACAAACUUUCGCACAUUCGCGGUGGUACUCUGUCCACGUGUUUAGUGCAGUGAGUGAGAUAUCUCACCAACGCGAUCUUUCUUUUUCAACCCCACAACACGACAUCCUUCUACCACUUGGGGACAUAUGCAAUGCAUCCUGGUGGUGGAAGAGUGUUGGCGUGGAAUACACCGUACCGUGACACACUUUCUUCUCUAAACGCCAUACGCAACACAACACAACACACACACAGCAAAAAAAUUACACACACACAGCAACACACUAAACAGCAUCCCGUUCAGUCUAACAGAGGAUGUAAAGAUGUAGACAAAUGCCUUUUUAUUUUUGUUAGUAGACUUCAGCAGCAGAUUUUUACUGGCACUAUAGUGCAAAAGUGCAAAGAUAUUACUGUUAAAUAUAAAUAAAAGUGAAACCAAAA